UAUAUUAUUGUUUAAUAUUGUUUAAUUUAUUGCUUGUCAGUCAUUCACAUUUAUUAAAAAUAGUCACUUUAUUAAAUAAUGUGAGAAACUCUAUGUUCUUUGCGAAUAGACUUGAAGAUGAAUUAUGAAAGGGUGUGACAAGUAUCAAUAAUGCAGGAAGACGCAGAGGUAGAGCAAGAAGAGUAGUGAAAAGAGAGAGCUCCUAAAUAAGGAGCAAAUUAAUGGCAUGGGAAAAAUUCCGAUACAAUUUCCUGGUCUAAACACUCCUGUGUUUAGAGGAAAAGAAUUAAUUCAACAGCAAAAACUUAUGGAAUUACCACAAAGUCAGACCAGACCAAUGCAAAUAAAAUUAUCGCCAUUGGAAUGUGGUUGGACGAGUGUUACAAUGGAUGGCAGAAGCAUUGAAUCAGAUCUUAUUGGAAAAGAUACAUUUGAAAGUUUUGAAACCUGGAUUUUGGAAAACAAAAUGAUAACUUGUAUGACCAGUAAUUUAGCACGUAAGACUAGAAUCAAUUCAUUUAUAGUAACUGGGAAUGGAAAUGGACUGGCUGGAUUUGCGUUAUCAAAAGCCAAAGCAUCCCUAAAGACGAUUAAAAAUAGGCUGUCAAAGAUUAAAAAUAGGGCUGGUCAAAGAUUAAUGUAUAUUCCUACAUAUAAGGAACACACUAAGAAAAUACUUGUCAAUACUAUAUAAUAUAAAAUUUAUUUCUUCUCUUUUAAUAUCACUUUGUAUUUUUCAGUGUUACAUGAUUUCUUUACACAGUUUGAGAAUAUAAAAAUAUAUUUGUAAAGAAAAUUCAUGAAGGAUAAUGGGCUUUGUCAUCAUGCGAUAAAAGCGUGUUGCGAGAUAAUUGGCAUAAAGGAUAUGUAUG